AUGAGAGCUACCCACGCACUCUUUGCCGCAGCUCUACCUAGCCUGUCGCAAGCCCUCCUGCUGACUGAUAAAUCAUAUACUCCUUGCCAUACCGCAAGUCAGGUGGAAUCUGUCAACAUCACACCUUGUGACGAAGAACCUUGCACCUUCACCAAGGGGACAACCGUACAUUUUAUCAUGGCUGGAACUAGCCAACAAGAGGUUGACGCCGUUAACCUCAAGAUGGAUGCUCAGUUGGGACAACAUAUUUUUGCUGGUCACUUUGGUCUAUCUGUGUUUCACCAAGACGCGACCACGUUUUCCAACCACCACUAUUUAACCUUCAUCACGCCACCUAAUUCGCUCUCAGAUCCUGGUGCUGGAGUUUGCAGUAUUAUAUUUGACUCAUUCUCACAUAGUUGCGAUACUCCUCAGUGGUGGUAUCUUUUGUCAGUAACUCUACAAGAUGAAGAUCAAACAAAGACUGUCAAGAUUUCAAUGGUCUCGUAA